GAGUCUUUUGUGAUAGUGUCUUUUCUCCACUGUCCCUGCAGAAUGCUCAAGUUAGGGGAUUUUAUGACUUCUACCUGCCUAGAGAUGAAAUAUGGAUCUACAACAUGGAAACUGGAAGAUGGAUUAAAAAAAAGACAGAAGGGGACGUUCCACCGUCCAUGUCAGGAAGUUGUGCUGUGUGUGUAGAUAAAGUAUUGUAUUUAUUUGGCGGGCAUCAUGCACGUGGUAACACAAACAAGUUCUACAUGUUAAACUCCAGAUCUCAGGACAAAGUGUUGCAGUGGGUCAGAGUAGAAUGUCAAGGAGUUCCCCCAUCAUCAAAAGACAAACUUGGAGUUUGGGUUUAUAAAAAUAAGCUAAUAUUUUUUGGUGGUUAUGGUUAUUCACCUGAAGGGAUACCAUUAGGAACUUUUGAAUUUGAUGAAACUUCUUUUUGGAACUCAGGUCAGCCUAGAGGAUGGAAUGAUCACGUGCAUGUUCUGGACACUGAAACCUUUUCUUGGAGCCAACCCAUAACCACGGGAAAGUCCCCCUCACCCCGAGCAGCCCAUGCCUGUGCUACUGUGGGGAACAGAGGUUAUGUGUUCGGAGGCAGAUACCGAGAUUCUAGAAUGAAUGAUCUUUAUUAUCUUAAUUUGGACACAUGGGAGUGGAAUGAAAUAAUUACACAAGGUGUUUGCCCAGUAGGCCGAUCUUGGCAUUCCUUAACUCCGGUUUCAUCAGAUCACCUGUUUCUCUUUGGAGGGUUUACCACUGAUAAGCAGCCACUGAGUGAUGCCUGGAUUUAUUGUAUCAGUAAGAAUGAGUGGAAACAGUUUGAGCAUAAUUAUUCUGAAAAACCAAGGCUGUGGCAUACCGCUUGUGCAAGUGAAGAAGGAGAGGUGAUUGUUUUUGGUGGAUGUGCCAACAACUUGCUUGCCCACCACAAAGCAGCUCAUAGUAAUGAGAUUCUUGUGUUUUCUCUGCAACCAAAAUCUCUUGUAAGGCUGUGCCUAGAAGCAGUCAUUUGCUUCAAAGAAAUGUUAGCCAGCUCAUGGAACUGCCUCCCAAAGCACUUGCUUCACAGUGUCAAUCAGCGGUUUGGAAGUAACAAUACCUCUGGCUCUUAAGACUUCUGCAAACAAUCUGUGCAUGGAAGAGCGAUUCUAAAAGAUGUAAUAAUUUUACUUAUCACGUGUGGCAGCUGAGACACUUGCAUCAAUAUCUGCAUUAUUGUUAUUAGUAGCUUGUUGGUUGUACGUUGCAUGUGAAUGGCUUAGAGAGAACCUAUUUUUGUGUAAAAAUGUUUGCAAUAAAUGUAUUUAAUGCAA